AUGCAGAACAAAAGCUUCUUCAUUCAAAGGAGAGCAGCGGUGGCGAUGUCCAUUGUGCUUUUAUUGCUGGCUCAGCAGAUCUCUGCAGGUCCGUUAGUCUCUCGGGCUCAGUCUGACACUGACCAGGCAGCAGACUCGGCGUUGGAACACGGCGUGCACGCACCGAGGAGAACAGCUCGCAUGACCCCGCUGUGGAGGAUUAUCAGCAGCAAACCGUCUGGAGCUUUCUGCCAAAACAACUUUGAAUGUUCCACAGGACUCUGCAGAGCCGGACACUGCUCCACAAACCGGGGGUCCUCGACAGAGCCUGCAAAAUAUUAG